CGCUGUGCCACCGCCCGCGACGUACCACAUUCUAAUGAACGCUAUAGUUAUGAGAGCCUAGGCGAACCAUGAAUAAGGAGGUCCCACCACCCCUAGGCGCGCAUUGUCACACAAUGCGUAAGGCAGAGGACGCGACGUGCAUCACAAUCAGCAAAGAGAGUUUAGCCGGCGAGUGAAUACAAAGUCGCACUCGAUACAAAAUUCAUUCGUGCAUCAGGACGAUACCGGACGUGACACAAACUGUUGAGGGGACAUAUGUGAUUAUUGAUGAAAAAGAAACAGUGUUUCUUAUGCGCGCGAGUGUUUUGCCGUUAGCGAAAUUUUGGCAUCGAUACAACGUACGAAAUUGUUGAUUCGCGAACUUGCAAUCAGUUGAUAUAUCUUGCAAUGGUAGCUCGUGAAAAAAAUUGUAACAAAAUCCUGUGAUUUGUGGUGGUUAUAGGAUACCAAGGACAUUUAUUUGCCGUGCUUUGCGUUUGAUUUUAUCUCAUUCAGUCUUGAUAAGGAGAUUGGCAAUGGAACCCGUGCCGCGCAUGUUACUCAGCAUAGCCUUAGCUGCUUUACUGCCAAUAGCUUCGCCGAACGUCCAGGACCGAUUGGCCAAGGAAAAUAUACCUCAUUCUAGACAGAAAAGAAUUUUAUGGAUUACCAACGAUGGACGUCUUGCUCUGCCACCAGGAACUACCAUGUCAAUCACGCCAUCACUAUCAAUGCCUUUCGUAAGACACCCACCCAAAGGUUUCCUGUCUAAUAUGACUGUCAGUUUCCCUUUUACGAAUAAACUGAAAUACGAAGUGGAGUUUAAAAUUGACUUCGAUAAGCUUGGUUUGACGGAUAAUGAAAACCCCUAUGGAGAAUUGCCGCCUAUAUUUAGCCGGUCUAUGGGAAGAGCUGCAGCUUCUAUCAUGGCUGACUAUGUGGGACAGUAUCUGGAUAGGCGGAGAGGAAAGAGGUCGCAAAGAGGAAUACCCCCUGAAAUAGAAGAGCUCGUAAUGAACAAAUUGCAUGGAGGUGAAAGGGCUCUUCUAUACGGGAUGGUGGAGGAUUUAUUUGAGAGCAUAGGCAUGUCUGGCAGAGAAUGUUUGCUCAGAACUAUAUGCGAAAUCCAUGCACAUCCACUUCACAACUUCGGAUUCUUUGGUGAAGUGAUGAAAUUAUUCUUUUCCCCGAGUAAGUCGCCAUUCUCGAGUCUACUCCAAGAGUAUGUGGAAGCGCAGAAAGCGGGCGAGACAGGCGGGGAAUGCUGGCCCUAUUAUAGACUCUGCCCAAAAAGCAUAUUUAUGCCAUCUUCCAAUAAGUACUCAAAAGAAGCGGAAGACCUACACAGACUACGAGACGAACAAGAAAGUGUUGAUAUCAAUAAAAUAGAUAAUUUAGGACAUAAAGCAAUGUAGUUAGCACAUCUAUUGAGUCAAAGUUAUGUUUAAUUUAAGAUAGUGUUGUCAGAUUCCCUAUUCUUGAGGAAAAUCCCAAACAGCGUUUAACCUGAAUGUUAAACUAUUCUGUUGGAUAUUUUUAAUAACCGUUCAAUUUCAGUUGACAGAGCCAUACGGUACGCCACACUGUGGACGCAGGUUCAAGUCCUGUCGGGUUCAAGGAAUUUUUCUUUGUGUUCGAUUUUUAAUCGAUAAUUAUAACAAGCUAGUGGUUAUUUCACAAAUAAUUAAUGAAUAUCACGGUGGUUAAACAUCGUGAAAUUCAAUAAAAUCAAUAACAUUUAAAUAUUUUUCCUACUUCAGCAUUGUUAGAUAUUUUUUACUGAAUAAAAACCUAUGCUCGAGGAUUUUUUGCAACAGGACUCUGGCAAUACUAUUUUGAUGUGGGCUUUAUUAAUACAUACUAAAACCUAUACGAGUUCACACGCCACAGUGCGAGUCAGUAAUAUUCCAAAUUUAGAGUAGCGUCCGACCAAAGUUUUUAUUAUGUAUACCUUUUUUAAAAUAUUUAUUUUUUAAUUAUUAAGUGCCAUCUUGUAAUACUUACGUCAACGAGACUUCAUUAUUAUGGGCAAUUAUUACAAUAAGUUAAUUUCGCAAUACAACAAUUAAGUGGUGUAACCAUGGUGUAACCCACAUUAAUUUUGUUUCUACAAUAUUAGUUUAAAUGCAAUUUUCUCGUAUAAAAAAUAUUUAAUUAUUUUUUUACACAUGACAAUAGC